GAUACUUGGAUUGUGUCUCGGUUCUAUACGAAUGCUAAUACUCAGUAUGAACUAGAUGUUAAUGAAGAGAACUCUCAGCAUAAUACCACUGAACUAGAUGUUAAUAAAGAAAACUCCCAGUAUGAUCCUGCUGAACUAGAUAAUGAAGAAAACUUAAUUGACAAGUGUGAUAUCAAGCAAACUAAAACAUUAUGUGUUAUACAUAGAAAUGAAUCAGUUGCAAGCAGUUCUCUCGAAUCCUAUCUUCGUCAAAAAGAAGCUAAUAGUUACAAGAAGGAUGAACUCAAACUACCUAAAAAAAGAGGUCCUAAAAAUAAAAGAAAAAGUCGAUUAGUGCUGGGUGAAUCUAUUCAUCUUCAAGAUACAAUUUUAAAUAUGCCUUACAAAACUGUAAAAAUUGUUGAAAUUAUUGGUGAGAACAGAGUUAUUGUAGAUGUUAUCUUUGAAAAUAGUAAUACAGAUCGAUGCAUAGUUCAAAUGGCUGAUAUAAUCGGGUAUGCCGAUGAACAAGCGAAAAAAAAAUCAAAGGCAGAAUUCAAAACCAUGGAUGAAAAAGAAUCAAUAAAUAUUUCUGAAAAUGCUUUUAAAAUUGAUAAAUAUGCCUCAAUAGAGACUGAAAAUGUAAAGUUAAGCAUUAGUAUUACUGACAAGGGAACAUAUCUUGAAAAUAAAGAUCUUCCAGAAGAAAUUAAUUUUCCUUUGGAAGAUAUAAAUAUAAAACAGAGGUAA